AUGCGCUUCCUCGAGUCGAGCGCCGUCUUGGCAGCGGCCGCCGUUGUCGGCAAGGCCUCCGCCUCGACCCCUGCCGGUCACGUGCACGCCGUCCGCCCGGCAUCUCUGCUGCAGCGUCGCGUUCCCCAGACAUUCCCCCAGGACUGGCAGCCGGACGUCGAGAACUGGGGCGCCGCUCCGGAGCAGCCGAAUGAGAUCACGGUGCAGGCCGCGUCCGAGGCCAAGACGCUGGUCACGUCGGAUGCUCUCCAAAACGACAUUGAUUCCGCCGCGCUGCUCGCCCACGCCGAGAACCUGCAGGCCAUCGCCUACCAGACCACCGGCCGCAACCGCGUCUUCGGCAGCGAGGGGCACAACUUCACCACCAAGUACCUCUACGAUCUCAUCGCGGAGCUGGACGAGUACUACGAUGUCCAGUACCAGCCCUUCGUCGAGACCUUCUCGGGCGGCGAUGCCACCUUCACCAUCAACGGCGAGGACCAGGGUGCUGCAUUGAUGACGUACGCGCCCAACGGCCAGGUCGAGGCCCCCGUGGUUGCCGUGUCGAAUCUGGGCUGCGAACCCUCCGACUUCCCUGCAGAGGUGUCAGGCGCCAUCGCGCUGAUCUCUCGUGGCACCUGUGACUUCGGUCUGAAGGCGGCCUACGCCGGCGCCGCAGGUGCUGCGGGAGCCGUCAUCUACAACAACAUCGAAGGCACCCUCAGCGGCACGCUCAGCGUCCCCAACCGCACCGAAGGCCCCUACCCGCCCACGGCGGCCAUCUCCCUCAGCGCCGGCCAGGCCAUCCUUUCGCUGCUCGAGGCCGGUGAGGUCACUGGCGACCUCAACGUCAACUCCAUCAUCGAGGAUCGCGUCACGUGA